AUGCCUCUUUCCGUCACCCAAAUAGUCCACUCAAUUUUCAAUCUCGUAUCACUCACCUUUUCUUCCCAACUCUUGUUUCUUCACUCAAUCAUUACAAAUCAUGGUUACUCGAUUAUCAACAAAAUUCAUGAACAUCUGCAUAUCCUCAAUGUGCAAAUCAAACAAACUACCAAACACCCUUCACUCCAUUUGGCUCUCACAAACCAGCAAACCCAUUUUCCUCUUCAUAUUCCUCUUCGUCAAUCUUCCGACCUUCUCACUCUUUCCGCUCCACCUACUGCACACACAAACACCACCACAACAGCAGCAACACACCGCAUACUCUCUCCGCAACAUGCUAUCCACCAUCAAUUUUCUGCUUCUGCAAUUUCCGGCGACAACAUACAACUCCCUUCUUCUCUCCAUUUCCUUAAAAACCCCUCUCAUCUCUCCUUUCGUCUUUUCUUCUACAACACAGAGCAACAACAACUUACCUUCGUUCAACACUUCAAUUUUCCGUCCGGAUCUUCCACACCGAUUUCCAUCGCAUAUUCCCACUGUACAGAUCAACACCAGUUGGUUCAACCUCCCCUUCUCCGUUAA